UGCAUGGCUUCUGCAACGGUGACGAUAUAGGACGCAGCCACACCAACCCUCAACAUCGGAGAGCCCGCUACAUACACUCCAUCACUGUUUCUGAAGCUAUAGCUUCGCGACGUGUCACCCGCUGCGCAACUGUUGCACGAGCCCGCCCGGUCGCGUCAUUGCUCUGCGCCUCAUCCAUGCCACGUCUAAUGUGCUUCCCCGCCGCGGAUUGACGGCCCUCUAUCUCCCAUCUGAUGCGCGUUCGCUCCACGACAUGACGAAUGUUUCUAAAACAUAUCGACCUGACCACCGCUCUGCGGCCUUCUUACCUACCAGAUGAGGUGCUACUGUUUGUGCAGGACAAUGUCGGCCUCUACGAGGGCAAAUACAAACUUCCGAACCAGCAGAAUGGCCAGGUUUACCUGACUUCGCACCGGAUAUGUUAUGUCGACAAGCUCGAGCCCCGCGCCAACUCGGUUGCACUGGAGCUAAAAGAGAUCGACCGUUACGAAUUCUAUGCUGGCUUUCUAAAGUCCUCGCCAAAGGUAACCAUCGUCCCUAAGCCUUCUAAGCGGUCCUCUCUUCAUGGGCGUGCCGUAUCCAAUGUCGCCUUGCCGUCGAGGACCGACUCUACAUCACCAGCACGCAGGGACAGCGCCUAUCGACCACCGUCGGAACCACCUCCACUAACAACGGCAACGUGGGUUUGUACAAUCUGCAGCUUCUCGAACCCCAUCCCUGUGAAUUUUGAUCCACAAGCUGCCAAUGCCCACACGCCGCUGCCGCCUUGCCUGGCUUGUGGUAUCAAGCCGACGCUCUCACAUGUACUGAAGGCGGCCAUCACCAACGCCAGUAACAGGCCGACCUCUACGCCUUCAAUGCAGAGCUCGACCGCCCUUGCACUGCGGCCGAUACUCGCAGACAGUGUCUUGCAGCCGACGCUCAACAAUGGUCUUCCAUCAUCAACAGAAGCCGCCGCAAGACCCGGCACCGAAUCCGGUGCCUCGUUCCAGUGCCCGCGAUGCACCUUUUCAAACCACCCAUCUCUUCUGGCCUGCGAGAUGUGCGGUGCUUCUUUGGUAUCCCGUAACGUCUCAUCUCUUCCUGCGGGGCAGCACACCGAUGAGAUCAGAACGCAAUCUCCUGGGCCAGUCUUGGACCCGAAAGGAAGGAACGGGCCAGGAGGAAUCGAUGUCUCCGACAGCGUGAAGAUUUCUCUCCGAGGCGGUGGGGAAAAGAUAUUCCACGAGCGACUCAAGGGUGCCAUGACACAGCGUAAGUGGCUACUCCAAAAUGCACCUCCAGCACCACGGGGCAGUCGCAUGGUAAAUGAGCCCCUCGGCAACGGGUCAGGCCACGGACAGCCGAGUGCCAGGACGAAAACGGCUGGCAUCGCGGGCUUGGAGCAGCUCGGAUUGAAUAUGCGCAAGAACAACGAGCUGCUGAUCGGCAGCGCGUUCGAGGAUCUGGAGGCGUUGAUGGCCUCUGCUAAGGAGGUGAUUGCCCUGGCGGAACGAUUUGCCCGGCAGAACGGUGCGAAUGGCGAUGUGUCCGCAAAGGAAAACGCUAUUCUGGCCGAGUCUGCAAGCCAGCUCGGUUUGAUUACGACAAAGGACAUCGUCGGCGGUGGCGGCUCAGAGUCGCUAUACCUGUCCGAGCUGGCCCGCAACAUGGCCGAGUUCCUAGCCGAUGACUCGAGGGGCGUUUUGAAGAAGGCGGGCGGCAUCAUCACACUUGUUGACUUGUGGGCCAUGUUCAACCGCGCACGAGGAGGCGUCGAGCUCGUAAGCCCCAUGGACUUCGAGAAGGCUGCCCGCCUAUGGGAGAGCCUCAAGCUACCCGUCCGGCUGCGCACCUUUCGCAGCGGCGUCAUGGUGGUGCAGGGCCGCGAUCGCACCGACCAGACAACCAUCCGGGCGCUCCUGUCCUGGCUGCAAGACCUGCACGAGUUCCCGCCCGAACGCGACGUGCUGUGGGACUGGCGUGCAUUCGGGCGUGGCGUUACCGCGCAGGAGACGGCUGAGCGAUUUGGUUGGAGCAUCGGCGUCGCUGAGGAGGAGCUGCUCAUGGCCGAGGAGCAGGGCGCUCUGUGCCGCGAGGAGGGCAUCGAGGGGCUCAAGUUCUGGAAGAACUACAUCGACACUGGAGACGUGCGGCCGCCCAAGAGCCAGCAGCAGAUGGAUGCCGAGGCCGUCAUACGCUCACUCAAGGAGAGCGGCUUUAUAUAGACCAACACAGGACAUACACGGAGCAUAUCAUAGUUCAAGCAAGAGGCAUAGUGUGGCCGUCAUGCCGUUUUUCAUAUUCGAAUCGAAAACAAAUUAGAG